AUGGCAAUUAUGCUUCGAGCUCAACGACAGCCUUUACUACAAUUUAAACGACAUUUCUCUUUAGAUGUGAGUAGCAUGAAGCCAGCUAAUUCAAUCAGCAGCACUGACAAAUCUACACAGGGCCGCAAUAGAUUGUCCAACAAGUUUAUUCCUAUGACAAAGGAUAAACCAUCAAACUCAGCGGACACUUCAAGCCAUCAGAUCUUAUUAAAAGCAGGAUUUGUUCGACAGAGUGGCGCUGGUAUUUACUCUCUAUUGCCAUUGGGCUUGAGAACAGUGGAAAAGAUUGAACGCAUCAUUGAUACCGAGAUGCAGGCCAUUGGUAGUGAAAAGUUAUCACUUCCCAUGCUGCUCAAUCCUGAGGGAUGGAAAAAGACAGGGCGCUGGGAUGGAUCCAAAGGAGAGGCAAACAGAAAGGAGUCGGAUCUCUUGUUAGCACCUACACACGAAGAAGAAAUUACACAGUUAGUCGCAGCACAACUACAAUCAUCCAAGCAACUCCCCAUACGUUUAUACCAGAUUGGCAGAAAAUACCGUGACGAACUUCGACCUCGAGCAGGCUUACUGAGAGGAAGAGAGUUCAUCAUGAAAGAUCUGUAUUCAUUUGACGCCACGCAACAAGAUGCCUACCUUGCGUAUGAUCAAGUAGCUCAAGCCUACCGUGCCAUUUUUGAAAAGAUGGGAGUGCCAUUUGUCGUUGCUGAAGCCGACAGCGGCAACAUUGGUGGAUCUAAAUCGCAUGAAUACCAUUUGAUUUCACCCGUUGGAGAGGAUACCUUAUUGACCUGCCAUAGUUGUGGAUAUACAGCAAACGAAGAACUUGCAGUAGGCAAGUUGAAACAGCAAUUCAAGGACAACAGCGCUGCUUUGACAGAUCUGAUCUCGUUGCGCAAUGUGGAUACAACAGUCGUGUCGUACAAGGCUACUAAUGCUGCCGAGGAUGGUGUUGUCGAGGGUCUCGCUGCUAUUUUCACGCCACCACAGCGCGAUGCUAAUGUGCUCAAGGUACAGACGCAGUUGAGCAAAUAUCUAAAGAAACAAGGCCAAAUGAGCGAGAGAGCAACCAUGGAUAUGGAUGUGGUACCUCAAGCCAAGAUGGAUAGUAUGGAUCCUGCCGCUAUUCCACAUUUGCACGUCUUUAUCGAUGACGCAUUGGAUCUAGACUUACAACCAAGCCAACAACUGACUAUCCACUCACAAGAUCAUUUCAGACUUGCUAAAGAAGGAGACCACUGUGUCUCAUGCGCAGAGAAGAACAAAAAACUAAGUAGCGUGAAAGCCAUUGAAUGUGGGCAUACGUUUUAUCUUGGUACAAAGUAUUCCAGUGUAUUGGAUUGUGGGUUCCGAGAGAGCGGUAAAAAGGGAGACAAGAUUCCCGCUGAAAUGGGUUGCUAUGGCAUUGGUAUCACACGACUCUUGGCAGCUGUUGCAGAGGCACGCUAUGAUGAAAAGGGUAUUGCUUGGCCAACAUCACUUGCACCUUACAGCAUAUGCAUCGUACCCACAGACGAUAGAAAACAAGAGUUCAAGGAGAUCGCGAAUCAGAUAUACGACCAAUUAGGUGAAUCAUUUAAAGGAGAUAUUGUCAUUGACGACCGCCGAUCUGGAUUUGGCGCCAAAAUGAAGGACGCUGAAUUAGUAGGCUAUCCUUACACCAUCAUUGUCGGGCCCAGAUCAUUGCAACAAGAGCAGCCUCAAUUAGAGAUUCAUCAACGCAUUCAACAUCAAGAAAGCAAAAAGAGUAUGAUAGAUUUGAAAGAUUUACAACAUGACAUGUUUAAUACAGCUUAG